ACAUUUCUUUUUUCCCUUUCUGUGGGUUCUGUGAUCAGUAGCAUUUGCUGCUACAAUGAGCUCACAAACUUCCAAGCCAUCAAAACCCUGGAAGCCUCCAAACUAUUCGACAACAGCAUUGUCACCAGCUUCAAGAUCCUCAUCCUCCUCCCUCUCUUCCCACCUCGCUAUGAUUGAACUGAAGCAGCGAAUUCUCAACUCCCUCUCCAAGCUUUCCGACCGAGACACCUACCAGAUCGCUGUCGAAGACCUUGAGAAGAUCAUCCAGACCAUCUCCCCUGAUGGCAAUGGCGUGUCGAUGCUUCUCAAUUGCCUUUACGAAGCAACCAACGACCCCAAACCUGCCGUUAAGAAGGAAUCCCUGCGCCUCCUCACCCUUCUCUGCUCCACCCACUCCGAUUACACUUCCACCCAUCUCACCAAGAUCAUUGCCCACAUUGUAAAGAGGCUCAAAGACCCCGAUUCCGGCGUACGCGACUCUUGCCGCGAUGCCGUCGGAGCAUUAUCGUCCCAGUACCUGCGGAGUGAUGCUGAGAAUGGGAAUCUUGGGUCGGUCGUGGCAUUAUUCGUAAAGCCUCUGUUUGAGGCAAUGGGAGAGCAGAACAAGGUGGUCCAGGCUGGCGCAGCAAUCUGCUUGGCGAAGAUCGUUGAGUCCGCUACAGACCCGCCAGUUGCCGCAUUCCAGAAACUGUGCCCCAGGGUCUCCAAGUACUUCAACAAUCAGAACUUCCUUGCCAAGGCUGCCCUUCUGCCUGUUGUCUCUAGUCUGUCUCAGGUAGGGGCAAUUGCACCACAAAGCUUGCCAGUAUUCCUGCAAAGUAUUCAUGAGUGCCUUGAUAGUACAGAUUGGGCAACACGCAAGGCUGCGGCCGAUACAUUGACUGCUAUAGCUUCUUAUUCAAGCCAGUUAAUUGCAGAUGGGACCACUUCCACGAUAACUGCCCUUGAAGCUUGCCGCUUUGAUAAGGUGAAACCUGUUAGAGACAGCAUAAUAGAGGCAUUGCAGCUGUGGAGAAAGAUUGGAGGAAAGGCAGUGGAUGGAAUUCCAGAUGGUAAAAGUUUGGAGUCAACUGAGUUGGCUGGUAAGUCCGAUCCAAAAAAGUCAAAUCCUGGUCAGACAACAAUGGAGUUUUUGGCGAAGGAGACAUCUAAUGGUUCCUCCGCUAGUUUUGAUUCUCUCUCCAAAACCAAUGGUGGUGGCAUUUCAGAUAAAACAGUUGGGAUAUUGAAAAAGAAAGCUCCUGCAUUAACUGACAAGGAGUUGAACCCUGAAUUCUUCCAGAAACUUGAAACCAUGGGUUCAGGUGAUUUGCCUGUGGAAGUGGUGGUCCCUUGCAGAUGUCUUAAUUCUUCUAAUUCCCAAGAUGAGGGAGAAUUGGAGUUUACUAAUAGAGAUUUAAGGGACAGAUCAAAUCAAAAUAUGGACCCUGAUAUAGUUCUUCAGGGAUCUGAAUACAUUAAGUACCAUAACCUUGAUAGAGGAGCUGUUGGUGAGUUCAAUAAACUACAAGACCCCAAUGGAUUUACACGGGAUAAAUGGAAUGAACAGAGAGCAUUGAGAGGAAAAGACAUGAAUGCUGUUGGGGCAUCUGAACAAAGAACACCGUGGGGAAAAGACUCAAAACCCAUAAGGUUUGAUGCUGAUGGGAGGAAUGCAGUUAUUCACAAGGACAAUUCUAGUGCACGUACAUGUUUCACCAAAAUGGAUGGUCUUUCUGAAGGAUCUCUCAUGAAUAACAAAGGAAAUUGGUUAGCUAUUCAGAGGCAGUUAGCACAACUGGAGAAGCAGCAAGGCCACCUCAUGGACAUGUUGCAGGACUUUAUGGGUGGGUCCCAAGACAGUGUGAUAACUUUGGAGAACAGAGUCCGGGGACUUGAGAGAGUUGUUGAGGGCAUGGCACAUGAUUUAGCAAUGUCAUCAGGUCGAAGAGGUAGUAACUUUAUGGUGGGAUAUGAAGGUUCUUCUGGUAGGCUCUUCAGCAAGUACAACGGCCUCCCUGACUACACUAGCACCAAGUUAGGCAGAGGCAGUGAUGGGCAGAUUCCACUGUCAGAGAGGUUCCUCCCAUCUGAUUGUAUAGUUUCAGGAGUGAGGGGAAGGGACACACCUUGGAGAUAUGAGGUGUCUGAUGCAUGGGAUUCUUACAACCAUGGUGCUUCUAGAAAUGGGAAUAUGGGCUCUAGAAGAGCUCUAGGUGAAAAUUCAAGUAAUGGUAGGUCAUCUAGAGCUGAACAUGAUGGUGAACAGGUUGACCAGAGAACUUGGGAUAAGGGACCUGGACCUAUUCGGCUUGGUGAGGGGCCCUCUGCAAGAAGUUUCUGGCAAGCAUCAAAGGAUGAGGCUACUCUGGAAGCAAUUCGGGGAGCUGGAGAAGAUGGUGGAACAUCUCGAGCUGCAAAAAAAUUUGUUAUUCCAGAAUUAACUGCUGAAGCUAUGGGAGAUGAUAACGUAGGUCAGGAUCGGGGCCCCAUCUGGGCUUCUUGGAGUAGGGCUAUGGAAGCCUUUCAUGUAGGUGAUAUUGAGUCAGCAUAUGCAGAAGUUUUGUCUACAGGAGAUGAUCUGUUGCUUGUGAAGCUGAUGGACAGAUCAGGUCCUGUAAUGGAUCAGCUCUCUAAUGAAAUUGCAGCUGAGGUUUUGCAUACUGUAGGACAGUUUCUACUGGAACAGAAUUUGUUCGAUGUUGGUUUCUCUUGGAUUCAACAGUUAGCAGACCUGGUGAUGGAAAAUGGAUCCAACAUCCUGGGCAUUUCAAUGGAAGGCAAGAGAGAUAUCUUGCUGUGCUUACAUGAGGCCUCUUCCACGAUGGAACUACCUGAGGACUGGGAAGGUGUCACACCUGACCAGGUGAGGUUGCAGUUAGCAUCAGCUUGGGGAGUUGACUUGCAACAACUUGAUAGUUAGUGCCACAAUAGUUUCAAGUGUUGGUAUUCUGUUUUUUUUUUUUGUGAUCUUUGGGUCUAGUUGGAUAUGGUAAAUAAUGUAUUCUCUGCUUUCCUUGAAUCAGGAUGACUAAAUUUCAGGCAAGAACAAAAGGGAUUUAGUUUGC